GGAAUGAAUCGUCUUGGGAUGAGAUGUUUUGGGAUAAGAUGUCUUAGGAGAAGUUGCCUAAUGGAUUUAUUGUCUUGAGAUGAGUUAUUUUGGGAUGCGUUGUCAACCAGCCGAUUCCAGAGUCCGAUCAGGGAGUCCGAUGAUUAAUUUCGUUUCAUGUUAAGUUGAGAAUAUAGACACAUCCGGGUGGAGAAGCUUACACAAAAGCAUUUAACCGAUUAAUAUAAAAGGAGGCCAGUGUGAGAUUGAUACUAAACUCAUGUAGCCUUUGGGACGACUCUUAUAUGGAUAUUGAAAUUUCAUAUCAUUAGCAGUUAUUUCCAUAGAUUGCAUUCUAUGAUUUUUAACAUAACUAAGGGGUAUACACGUACCCCACCAAACACCUUUUAAAUGAGGGCUGAUUGGACAUCUCAGGUGUUGAACCAAGAUAGACUCGUCCUGCUGUUUGCAAACUAUAGCUUCCUAUCAUGUAUCGUUAUGAUGUUCAUAGUCUUCCUUUUCUUCUUGGCUCAGACCAGCACUGAUGAAAUAGACCUCUUCAGUUUGAACGUGCUUCUGGUCUAUACUUUUAUGUUUACAAACAUUGCUCUCGCAAACUACUUUGUUUAUACCAUACAAAUCCAUAAAGAGAUUCGAGUGAUUUUACAAUAGGUCCAGAGAGUUGACCUCUAAAACGUGACAAUGGACAAUCCAUAUAAUGAUCCUGGACCUGGUGGUGUAAAGGAGGAAGUUUUCUUUGAUCUGCUUAGCCCUAGUAGUAGCUUUGGUUGCUCCAGUCUCAAAGACCCAAAUGGUUUAUCAGAUAACUGUAUCAUCAGUGCCAUUAUUCUUUCGCAUUGGGAUAACAUAAUGGGGCCGAGGAUUAUACAUCUCUGGAGUAACACAUACAAUCAAGAAGCCACCCCUGCUCAGUUAAAGACCCUGCGCUUUGUGGCAAAUCAUACGCUUAGUGGAGAAAUCACCAGAGAUCUUAGCGAUCGAACAAUUGAUGAUAAAUUCUAUGUUAUUCAAGAAAAGUCAAUAUCAGUGACAUCAUUUAUAUUUGGUGCUAAGUCAACUGUAGGAAAGUGUGUGCAUUCACUAUCAUUAGUGGUGCCUCUAGAACAUUUAGAAACCUAUCUUAAAUGGCAUGACCUCUGUGUAAUUUGGAUGAAAAGGCUGAUUAGUAGGCUGAAAGUUCUACAAUCUAUAGACCCUGGUAAUGGUGCUAUAGGAGAGUUUUCAAUGCCAAAGAACAUCCAAAGCUUUAUACAAAUGCUAAGAUCACUCAGUAUGCUAGCUCUGCCAUCAACAAUAAAUAUCUCUACCACCCUGCUCCGCUCAGACCAUCCCAUUGAGAAUGCCUUCCUGCGUAAAGCCAUUGCAGCUCAUCUAGUAACAUGUGGUCACAGUAUAGUAGUCGGCAAAAUAAAGAGCCAGUUAAACACACUAGUUAGAACUCUGGCUCUUUUCCUUGGUGCUACGGAACGUCAUUGCUCAAGACUUGCCACAUCAGACAACCCUAGAUUCCCUUACCAUUCGGACCUUAGCAUACAGGCCAUUAUCAAGGAUGAUAAUGACACAACCAAUAUCCCCUCUAUUGAUGUGUUAUGCAGUAAAUUCCCAUCAGCUUUGAUUGACAUGUCAACCAAAGAAAUUCAUGUGACACAGCCCUGUCACAUCCACAGUGUGCGACGUUAUGAAAUGAUGAAGCAAGAUUUGACUUGUCUUUGGGCUGAGCAUAGAGAGGAUAAGGUCUAUCCAACGAGUGAAAUAUUCAAGCCGUAUAAUGAGGGUGAAACCUUAGUUGGAAAACUUCUCUGUGAACUUGCAGAAUUGAAGGCAAGCUGUGGAAUACGGGAGACCUAUAUUGAGCAGUUCAUCAUGUCUUUAGAACGCAGAGCCCUUUCUCUCAUAAAGCUUGUAGAACUAGACACGAACAGGGGAAAAACAAAGUGCAAUGUUAAUAAAAUUAAGAAAGAUAUGACUUUAACUCAAGAGGGAGAUUUCCACAUAGUAUUAUCAACAGCAGAAAAGUUGCAGCCAGGGAUGUAUGCUGCUGUUUAUGGGGAUCCCAAACAGAUCACUGAGAACUUUACAUAGCUGGACUAUCCUCAUUUACAAUAUAGAGAAACACCAGGAGACAGAAAUGUAGCAUAUAUCCAGAAUUUGUUGUGUAAUUUGAAACCUUCAAAUUAGAAGUGGAAUCAUGUUGUCCAUACAUAUCUGUCAUCAUUCAGUUUUGGUAAAUCUUAUCAAUAUUAUGGCUGUGCCAUUAUUUAGUAGAUAGAAUAGCACUAUGUUGAAUAUACUUGCAAGGUGACUCACAGGGCUUAUUGAUGCAUGGGUAGGCCUAUAAAAAAUACUGUUGAACGACUUGUUCAUAAAACUCAAAGUAGCACUCACUGUGAGAAUUUCUGUUGCAGAAAAGUAAAUACUUUCCAAAAUCAGCACCACAAGUUAACAGUUAAGCAAGUGUAGUAACCCAGAACUGUGAUAUUGUAAUCUUAACAAUGUUAAUGUCACAAAAGACAUUGUAAAGUACUAAACUUAUAAAGACAUAUACUUAUAUGAGAAAUGCAGUAAUGUUGUCAGUCCUGUACAAAUACCAGUUGUAUAUCUAGGGCCUUGUUACAUAAUGCAGAGAAUUCCUAGUCAUGUACAAUUGGAAAUUCGAAAUACUUAAAUUAAUUCUUUUUCUCAGGCUUUGUAUCCUUGUAAAUGUAUACUAGUAUGUACUAUGUAGUUUAAGUCGCAUCUAAGUAGUAGUAAUGGCUGUAGAAUGAAUCAGUUGCUUCUGACUUUAAUAUUGUCCUUAGAAAGAAAUCUAAAGGAAAGUUUGUAUUUUGUGAUGUGCUGUGUACCUGUGUGUUGAUUUUUAUGUCACCACCACAAUUUGCAAAAACUUACAAGGUGGUGACAUUUUUUCAUGGUAAUGGCUUAAUGCCUUUUAAUGGCUUGCAUCAAGACCCUGUAUCAACCCCACACCCAUUCUCUCUAUCCCAGUGGGAAUAGGGGGGGGGGGGAUUGACAGAUUCUUAAUGAAAGACUAUUGAUUUUACAUCAUAUAAUUAUUAAAUUGUAUCGUAUAUAUGAUGGGUAUCGACCAGACCAUAUUUAUAAGCAAGCCAAGUGGUAUGUUAAGCUUAACAUGGAUCCACAAAUGCUUGCUAUAUCGUCAGCUCAGAACACACUUGGUGUAUCUGAAAAAAGUUUUGAGUUAAGCACAGAUUCUGAAUGAGGAGACGAUAUAGUGAGGUCUGGUUAUACUAUAGUGCCCAGGCAUGUGAUGUCAAUGUAAAUUAAAAUAAAUUAUGUUCAAUAACUUACUGGUAUGUGAAAGUGAAUGAUAUUAAAGUAAUAUAAUUGUGAUAGUGAUAAUAAUAAAAAGUAAUAUUUUAAAAA